UCAAGACUGACGUGGCAUGGCCCACCCUGACGGACGAUAAGUCCGAUGCCAGGGAUGUGGUCAUGUUUUACGAAGAGUUCGAGGAUGUUUGCGCCCGCGCCAACAACUGUAAAGGAAUGUCCGCCAGGGAGCGGCUGUUGGCGCUCAGGGGCCGGUGUCGCGGUUCGAGGUUGAAAACCUAUACGAACGCGUACCGCGCCGCGUGGAAAAGCGGCGAAGUCCUCAACGACCCUGAGGCGGUGUACGCCCGAAUCAAGGCGAAACACCUUGUCUUCGGGGAAAGCCGUGAAGAGAGGGAGGUCCGAGUCGACGGCGAGCAUGCCUCGCUGGCCAAGUUCGAACCUCUCUUCGAGGCGUCGAUCGCAGAGUUGGAGGCGGUCGGCUUAGGCAAGACGCCCCGAGAACUCUAUCUGUCCUAUCUCCGGAAGAUGGCGCAUCUCCAGAAAGAGAUUAGGGCAGACAAAGAGUCCCACAAGGUGGUCUUGGAGUACGAGCAAAGGGAAGCGGCCCAUAAGGCCGUCGCCAACGCCGUUUACACGGCCUCGAGCUCCAGCGCAGACCCUAACGCGGGCGAGCUCGCCGACACCAAGAAGGAGCUUGCGAAGCUCAAGGCGGAAGUCAAGGCCGCAGCCAAGGCAGCCGCUAAGGCCGCUGCAAACCAGACCUACGCCACUGCCAAGGGGAAGGGUAAGGGCGGUGAUGCAGAAAAGAAGAUCUGCUUUCACUUCCGUGACCACGGUAACUGUCCCAAGGGAGACAGUUGCCCUUACUCUCACGACAAGGAGCUGCGCAAGCGUGCACUGGCCGCCCGUCGGGAUGCGGGCCACCAGCAGACGCUUGCUACGACGAAGGGUGGUGGCAAGGCUGGCGGCAAGGGAGGUGGCAAGAACGGUAAGCCCAAGGCCAAGGCUAAGGCGAAAGCCAAGGCUAAGAGCAAGGCUGGGGCGAAGCCGCCCGGCACUGUGUGUCCGUUCUUUGCAAAGAAUGGCUCCUGCCGGAAGGGUGCCAACUGUGACAUGGUUCACUCCCUUGCCACUACCGGAGGCAACCAGGUAGCGUUGCCGUCGAAUUGGGGUACCGCUCCGUCGAGUGCCUCAAUGAGCAAUCCCUUUGCAGCCUUCAGCAUCCAGAUCGGCAGCGCGGGCGUCCAGGCGGGCGUUCUUGCCGCCGGUGCCAAGGGCGCUGAGAGCCUGCGGAGUUCCUGCCGCGG